AUGGAUCCCUCACAAGUCAAAAUCCCGCCUAUGAAGAACCUUACGGUCGAGAACAUCACCGAGAAUGUCAUCCGCAUCAACUCGCUCUGCGAAGACGAGCGAAUGAAAUACGUGCUCGAAAGACUAGUCACACACCUUCAUGACUUUGCGCGCGAGACCAGACUCUCCUCGGCUGAGUGGAUGACUGGACUGAAGUUCCUGACCGAGGUCGGUCAGAUCUGUACGGACGUGCGACAGGAAUUUAUCCUCCUCUCCGACGUCCUCGGCCUCUCCAUCCUCGUCGACUCAAUCGACCACCCCAAACCCCCCGGCAGCACAGAAGGCACGGUCCUGGGUCCCUUCCACACCCACGAAGCCGAGGAACUGUCUCAGGGCGGCUUGAUGUCCAAGGACCCCGCUGGUGAACCACUACUGGUGGUCUGCACCAUCAAAGAUACAGAUGGCAAGCCCAUCGAGGGCGUCAAGGUCGACAUUUGGGAAACCGACUCAACGGGCCACUAUGACGUCCAGCACGCAGACCGCUCCGGCCCCGACGGGCGAUGCAUCAUGCACUCCAACAAGGACGGAGUCUUCUGGUUCAAUGCUAUUACACCGGUUCCGUACCCGAUCCCCCACGACGGGCCCGUCGGUAAGCUGCUGAAGAAAUUACACCGCCACCCCUACCGACCCAGCCAUAUGCAUUUCAUGUUCGAGAAGCAGGGGUACGACCAUCUGAUUACGGCGCUGUAUUUGCGGAAUGACCCGUUUGAGACGAGUGACGCUGUUUUUGGUGUGAAGGAUAGUCUUGUUAUCGAUAUCGGGACGGCCGGCAAGGAGAUUGCGGAGAAAUAUGGGGUUGAGGAGGGACAUAAGUUGCUGACGUAUGAUUUCGUGCUGGUCUCUGAGAAGGAGACGAGUGAGCUGCGCGAGAGGAAUUCGAAGGAGGCGUUGGAUAGGCUGGGCAGGAAGGUGAAGAUUGUGAACGGGUUGCCGAUUCCGGAUCUUGAUUAG